AUGCCGCCAUCAACACUGCCAGUGCCAGCGAAGCGUGCUCUUCCCCCAAAAGAGUCUACACUGUUCCGCGAACUCCUCACGCUCUACGAGACUCGCCAGCUCAAGAAGGCUUUGAAAACAGCAGACCAAAUCCUAAAGAAAUACCCUGAGCAUGGCGAGACACUGUGCAUGAAGGGCCUCGUUCAGACGCACCUGGGCAAGCGCGACGAGGGACUCGAAGCGGUGAAGAAAGGCGUUCGGCUGGACCUGACCUCACAUAUAGUCUGGCAUGUAUUCGGUCUCAUACAAAAGGGGGAGAAGAACUACGAGGAGGCCCUGAAGUCCUAUACACAGGCCCUCCGAUUUGACAAGGAAAACAUGAACAUCCUCCGCGAUGCAGCGCACCUACAGACCCAAUUACGCCAUUUCGACGCCUUGAUAGACACACGGCACCUCCUGCUCAAACUACGUCCUAAUAUGCGACAGAAUUGGAUUUCGCUCGCCGUUGCAUACACCUUAAACCGUAAUUUCUCUGAGGCUAAAAAGGUUCUGGAAAUGUACGAGCAGUCUCUGAAGAAUAUACCGGACUACGAUUUUGAGCACUCCGAAUUACUGCUAUUUCAUGUUCGUGUGUUGGAGGAGCUGGGAGAGUGGUCGGAGGCACUUUCAAUACUGGACCCGAACGCAAAAGAUAGAACGAUUGUAGACCGAGUGGCGAUCAUGGAAACUAGAGCUCGUUUGCUGUCCAAGUUGGGCUCCCAAGACGCCGCAGAACAGGCAUGGCGCGACCUUAUUCAGCACAAUCCGGACAACUAUGACCAUUACCGAGGACUAUUGCUCAAUAAGGGCGUCGAUCUCACAUCGAACCGUACCGAGGCACUGCAAAUACUUCAGGAUAUAUCGGACUUGAUUCCCCUCGCGGAUACGCCUAAACGUCUAGCACUAACAGCUUCUGAAGGGGACGAGUUCCGGACACUGGCCCGGGCUUACAUCCUCCGCGGUCUCAAAAAGGGUGUUCCAUCCCUCUUUGCCGACAUCAAAUCGCUCUACCGAGAUACACAAAAACAAACCAUUAUCGAAGAGCUUGUGGAAGGUUUCCGGGAAACGCAAGAGAAGGGCGAUUCUCUAAACGGCGAGCCGUUGCCGGACCCAUCGUCUUCCGCCACAGCUCCUGCGGACCCAGAGGAACCCACGACAUAUCUCUGGACGCUCUACUUCCUCGCGCAACAUCAUUCUUCCCUUGGCAGCCACUCUCGCGCACUCGAUCUUCUCGACCUCGCGCUUGAACACACGCCGACGCUGCCGGAAUUGCACCUCUUCAAAGGCCGCGUCCUGAAGCGGCUCGGCGACCCGUAUGGAGCUACAGCGUGGGUCGACAGUGCGCGACUGCUGGAUGGCCAGGACCGGUUUUUGAACACAAAGAGUGCGAAGUACCGGCUGAGAGCCGGCCUUAUAGAGGAGGCGAACAAUAUGUUGGGGAUGUUCACUAAGAAAGAUGCACCAAGUCCUGGUGCCGAUCUGGAGGACAUGCAGUCGUUAUUGUAUCUCAUCGAGGAAGGAGACGCGCAUCGACGAAGCGGAAAGCUCCAUCUCGCGCUCAAGAAAUACCACGCGGUUCAAAAGGUGUUCGACGAGAUCGAGGAUGACCAAUUCGAUUUUCAUGGAUAUUCUCUGCGCAAAUUCACGCUCAACAUCUAUCUGAACUUGUUGUCAUGGGAAGAUAAGGUCCACGCCCACCCUGGUUAUGUCUCUUCUGCAAUCUCAGCUUCCCGGAUCUAUGUCAGAGUAUAUGAUGACCCGACCGUUGCGAAGAACUGUGUCGCAACAGAUACCCUAAACGCGAAAAAGAAGGCAAAAGCCAAAGCCAAAAAAGCCGCACAAAAAAUCCAGGAAACACAGAAAGCUGCCACAUCUGCGACCGAGGAUAAAGGUCUUGAAAUCGGAUCUGCGAAGGACGAUGACCCCGAUGGCAUAAGAUUGUUGACGGAUCGGGAACCGCUCGAACGCGCGUGGAAACUCCUGAACCCAUUGACCACUGCAGCGAAGGAUAAUAUCGACGUUUGGAUCCAAGUCUACGACGUUGCUGUCCGUCGAGGGAAGUACCUGCAAGCUGUACGGGCACUCAAUACGGCGAAGGCGCUCGAUGCUGAGAAUCCUCAGCUUCACGUCCGGUUAAUUCAUUUCCAAAAGACCCAUUCCUCGCUUUCGACGCCAUUGCCGGACCCAGUCGGAGCUUUAGUGUCCGAGGCAUUGUCUUCCCUCCUUCCCACCGAAGUAUCCUCAGAGGCCUUCAACUCGAACUACCUUCAAUUACACCCAGCUAACCCACAUGCGAUCCUUGCUUCCGCUGAGGUCCUCCGCAUACUUGACAACCCCCUUGAAGAUGUUGAGAAUACCGUUUUCGGUGCGCUGAAUCCUGACGUCGACCUGAAGGUCAAGAGCGCUCUCGACAUCCUGGCGUUCCUUCGAGAGCUGCAUUCGCCUCGAGUGGAGGAGUUCAUGCUCGCCUGUGAUGCGAAAUUCGAGCUGUCGACUGUGUUCAAAUCGCCCGCCGAGCAGGAAGCUCUCGCGAAGAAGUGCAGCGCUGACGCAAACAACGAAGUGGCCACUGACGCAGAGAAAGAGGUAGCCAGUUGAAGGAUCUUCGUUUUACGCUUGUAGGCCAUAUAUAGAUAAAUAAUCUCUGCUGCCAAGUAUCGUCAUCGAAACGAUUUCU